AUGUCUCCGAAGGGUUCCAUGACAACAAGCACCUUCAUUGAAUGGCUGCACCAUUUUGGACAUCAUAAACCAGCAGGUCGUUGUGUCCUUAUUUUCGAUGAUGCCAAGAGCCACCUGGACCACAAAAUAGUGGGCACUGCAAAGCGCAACCACAGCCUGGACAAUCACAACCGCAGCAACCACAGACUGGAUCAUAUCAACUGCAGAAACUACAGUCCAAAAAAUCACAACUACAGCAACCACAGCCCGAACAAUCUCAACUGCAGCAAUCUCAGACUAAACGAUCACAACUGCAACAACUACAGCCCGAACCAUCACAACUACAGCAACCACAGCCUGGACAAUCUCAAGUGCAGCAACCUCAGACUGUACCAUCACAAAUGCAGCAACUACAGCCCGAACCAUCACAACUACAGUAACCACAGCCCGGACAAUCUCAACUGCAUCAACCACAGACUGGAUCAUAUCAAAUGCAUCAACCACAGACUGGAUCAUAUCAAAUGCAGCAACCUCAGACUGUAA